CAGCCAAAACUAAAAAUUAAAAAGAAAAGCAACUAAGACAAUCGUAUCAAGAAAUAAAUUUCUAAAUUUCGACUGUGGACGCUUAUAAUAACGCAACAGUAGCCGUCGGGCAAGCGCAUAUUCAAAUUUGCUAUCUCGUCUCUUGAUGUAAGAUACAAAAUUAUACGGAGAAAACUACACCCAAUUUUGUAGAUGCUGGAAGUGCCAGAGUGCCACUAUGCUACGCUCCUGAAACGCUGUUAGAGUGGAUAACAAGUGGCUGUUCUAUUCUCAAUCGUUCCCAAUCGUUCCGCGGAACAACAAAUCUUUUAGAGAACGCUGAUUCUUUAAACAUGUGUUUAACAAGGUUUUGAUUCGAACAUCGGGAUGUUCCGUUCAUUCUUACGUAUAUCUUAAAUUCAAGGACUAUGGAACCAGGUACUUUCUCAAAAGAAAUAAAUGGUUCACUGCUUCAUAUGGUUUCACGCAUACGUUCAAACACGAUGUAUAAACGAUUAAAAUGAUUAUUUAACAAUUAACGGACAGUUGUUUGUCUCUUCGUUUAGUAUAUAUACCCUCGUUUAUUAUCUAAUGUAUGCACUUUGCACAAUUUUCAUAGGCACAUAAUAAGUUCAUACAUUUAGCAGCAGUAUACUGUGUUUAUAAAUUACGAUUUAUUACAUAUUCUUCUCCUUUAACUGUCUUUAUUAAUGUUUAAACGGCUACUGUUUCUACUUUACAAGAAAGCACAAGGAAAGAAACAAUUGUAAAGGUAGCAGGUUGGUUAAGAGGGAUUUGGGAAAUGAGACGUCAAACUGGCCCCGUUCAACAAUGGAUAGAUUCAAUACCGUCGCCUAUUAAGUCUAAUUUUGCUAUAAAGAAUGAAUAUCAAGAAGAUAGGACAGAGACAGCCGGUGGUUCAUUGGAACCGACACAGCCUAAGGACAUUCCAUAUCCCAUGGGAACAAAACAGCCAAUUAUGACUAUAUCCGCGCCUAUUAAUGUUCCUACUACAACGACAAUUAAUACACCAGGCCUACCUAGCUCAUUGCCUCAUAGGCUGGUUCGAGAUCCUAGUUUACAGUCUGACAGUAGUCACUGUAGCAGUGUAGAAAGCCUAUUAGAAUUAAGGAGGGCGGAUCCAGAAGCAAUUUUACUUGGCCUCGGUUUCGGUGGUUGCUCGAGCAGCCCGCAGGAAAAUGGUUCCCUUUCUCGUAUACCAAAAAGAUUUUUGCAGCCAUCGAAAUUAAAAGGCAUAGCUAUUAACGACUUCAUGAAGCAACAGCAAGAAACUAGCGAAUCUAUUGACUCCGUAUCAUUAGGAUAUAGAGGUUUGACAGGUUCGCCGUACGUAGCACCAUCAGAAAUUGUACAAAAAAUUAUGCAACGUUUACGCGAACAUGAAAGCCAUGAACACGAUCCGUACGCAAUGUACAAUUCGUACGAACAAUACAGCCCGGUACAUUGUAGCAGUACGCAGUCUGUACUAUCUCCCGAUAAUAGACAAUUUUUAGAACAACCACGUUCUAAAAGUCCUGAUAUGCGUAACAAACGUAUGAUAAUUGGACAAAAAUCGUUCGCAUUUGGACAUGACGGUGAUUUAAUCGAAAUCCAUCCAUCUGAUACGAAAACAUCGUUUGAAAGUGACACUAGGAAUGAUUAUAACACCAUUUCGCAAGUAUCUAAUAUUGUAACAGAUAAAAUAUUUGAGCCUACUACAAUUCAAAAAGCGGAGGGAACAAUACGAAAAAGACUAUCAUUUUAUGACAGCACGGAUGAAUUCGAUGACAGUGAUGUUCAAUCACCAACGAACAAUGAAAUGGACAAUGAAAAUAUAAACACGUCGAAUAAAAGAUCUGAUAAGAAUAUUAACUGCGAAGGUGAAGUUUUAUCCUACGCGGUUACAGAAAAUACAUUUGACAUUCGCAGAGCGAGUGAUGGAUUUUGUAACACGAAGCAUGAGAAGGAGUUUUUGGUUCACGAACGAAGACAUAGCGAUGGCUUUGUCCAAAAGCACGAUAAAGAGUCUGUUCUAACUCGGAGAAGAAAAACUUUGAAACGGCAGACUAGAGUAAGUGAUUUGGAUGCAAUACCAAAUGCUUAUACGUCAGACGCUGUGCAACAUAACGUUGAAUCGGAAUAUAACUUGGAGAAAGAUUUGCAGAGCACGUUCGUGGACAACAGAGUGAAGUUAAAUAGAGACAUUGCGGAAAUGACAGAAUCAAAAUGUGAAGUUGAAAAUUCCCAUAUGGAAAAAUGUUUUGGAGAAAAACAGAACAGUCUGGGACCGAUGGAUGAUAGUUUAAGCAAAGUAAAACAAGAUUCAGAUAAGGGUAAAUGUUGUGUCGGAGAGGUUCAGUCCGAAGAUCAAUCGUGCGAAGAUAAGGAGGGACAGACUACUUGUUGCUGCCGUUCUGACAGUAAAAAGUAUUGGAAGAAAAUGGAGAAAAUUAUUCAAGAAAAUAAGAAUCUGGAAAGCAUGGUGACAAAAAGUAGGAGAGAAAUGGCAGAAAUCCGAGAGAUGUUAAGUAGCGUGUUAUCUGUACGCUUAGAACCCGGAUUUUAAUUCCAAUCAAUUUAAAUGACAUAUCGCGUUUACUAUAAUAUACAUAUACAUAUAUAUAUACACACGUAUUUUUUAUUAUUUAUCGUAUCGUUCAAUUGAAUUCAUACGAAACCUACGUUCCAGGUUACGUGCCUACAUUUUGAUAAAUUUUGAUCUAUACAGGCUAUACAAACAGGGUAGGAGCUUUGUAGAAAAUAUGAAAUGUACAAAUAAUAUAGGAGUAUUCAAUAAAUAUUUAACACGAUUGAUUUUCA